CAGAUUGAUCAGUAGAAGAAGAACUGAGAGCUGCGGGCUAGUAGCUAACACGGCGGACCGGAGGAGCCGUGAGGGAGAUUUUUUUCACCUUUAAUUUCGCGCUGAGAGGAAAAUUUCCGUUUGAUGUCAUUUUGUGGAACCCAGAGCAGCGGGCGCCGCAGCAAAUGGGACCAGCCCGGCCCCGGCCCAGCGGGGAUGGCGGAGGCUGAAGCUGCGCCCUCCGGAGCUCUGGAUGCUGCAGCGGCGGUGGCUGCAAAGAUCAACGCCAUGCUGGUGGCUAAAGGCAAACUGAAGCCCUCCCAGAUCGGCAUCCCGGGUCCACCUGACAAGGCUGUCGGUGUUGGGAAACCUCCGGUGCUGGCCAAAGCCAAAGACGACCUGGUGGUGGCCGAGGUGGAGAUCAACGACGUCCCGAUCACCUGCAGGAACCUACUGACCCGCGGACAGACGCAGGACGAGAUCAGUAAAGUUAGCGGAGCCGCAGUGUCCACCAGGGGGCGCUACAUGACGGCGGAGGAGAAGGGGAAAGCUCUACCGGGGGAUCGACCUCUCUACCUCCAUGUCCAGGGACAGACCAGAGAGCUCGUCGACCGAGCAGUGAACAGGAUCAAGGAGAUCAUCACCAAUGGCGUGGUGAAAGCUGCUACCGCCUCGUCUUCUGCCUCGUCCUUCACUCCCAGCGGGGCUUCAGUCACCGUUUACCACCAACACAACCCUCCUCCGCCCUCGCUGCCGCCCAUGACGCACCACAAACCACACUUCCAGUCGGGGAUGCAUUACGUUCAGGAUAAAGUGUUCGUGGGUCUGGAACACGCCAUCCCGGGCUUCAUGGUUAAAGAGCGAGUCGAGGGUCCCAGCUGUUCCUACCUGCAGCACAUCCAGGCCGAGACCGGAGCUAAAGUCUUCCUCCGAGGGAAAGGAUCGGGUUGUUUGGAGCCGGCGUCAGGCCGAGAGGCCUUCGAGCCCAUGUACGUCUACAUCAGUCAUCCCAAACCUGAAGGACUCGCAGCAGCAAAGACCCUGUGUGAGAACCUGCUUCAGACGGUCCACGCAGAAUAUUCUCGCUUCCUCAAUCAGAUGAGCACGAUGAUGCCAACGCAGCAAGGCUUCGCUCAGCCCCCGGUGGUGAAUGGGAUGCCCCCUCAGCCUCCUUAUUACCCCCCCGCUGGGUUCCAGCCCGGUUACCCCAUGGCAGUUCCUCCCCUCCAGCCCCAGCCGGUGCCUCCUCCCUACUCCGUCCCCCUUCCCAUACCCCCGGUGGCGGCCGCUGGGGUUCCCUCCCAGUACCCUCUCCGCCCGGCUCCUGCCCCUGGCCCCGUUCCUGCCCCGGUACCUGCCCCGGUUCCUGUGUCCGCCCUGGCUCCGGCCCCGGUUCCUGCCCCGGUUCCUGCCCCGGUUCCUUCCCCGGUUCCUGCCCCGGAAGCUCUGCCACAGACUCUUCCUCCUGUUCAUUUCCCUCCGGCCGCCGUGGCGCCGCCCAAGGCUCCGCCUCCCACCGCUCCGACCAAUCAGCUGCAGAAGAGACGCUUCACUGAGGAAGUGCCGGACGAGAGGGACAGUGGGCUGCUGGGAUACCAGCAUGGACCCAUUCAUAUGACUAAUUUAGGUGCAGGCUUCACAGUGGGCAGCCCCGAGACUGCAGGACCCCCACCACCGAGUUCCUCUGGCCCACCGGGUGAGAGGGACUGUAGGCAGCUAAUGCCACCACCAGCGCUGCCCGUGAACGGAGUGAGACCCAAGAUGGAGGAGAGACGGCCGCCGCAAGGCCUCGUGGAACCAGCAGGGAAAAGACUGAAAACCGGUUUGGUUGCGUACGCCGGAGACUCCUCGGACGAAGAGGAAGACCACCCCACCUCCAAAGCCUCAGGGCCAGGUAACCCUGGGGCAGUUCCCCCCACAUCCAGCUCCCCAGGCUGGUCGCAGGGCUACCGCUGCCCUCCUCCGCCGCCCCCUCGUGCCAAAACUCAGCCGCAGCAGCAGACAAUGCCCUUCUGGAUGGCGCCGUGAAGCAGGAGAAACCUGAACUCCCUCAGUGCUUUGUGCCCAGUCUUACAGGACGUCCACCCAAACUGAGCCGGUGUUUUUCCGCCGCUGGUCGUGGAUGAAUCUGAACAGCUUUGUGUUGGUUUCAGCACUAUUUUCGGUGUCCAAAUGGACGUACUGAUGUUUUGUAAAACUCCUGUUUGUGUCUUCUGUGUACGUACCAUAGUUUGAAGAGGAACUGCGGCAUUGAAUUAGUCUCAGAACUUGUGUAAAUGAAAAGCAGGCGUGGACAUGUGACGAAACCGUCAAGUGAAGGAACGCUUUGGUAUAAACUCAGUUCCACGAGUGCAAAAACUUGUCAAGAUGCCUCUUGAGAUUUUGGAACAGCUGAUUGGUCGUUUUCAACCUCCACAAUCUGAAGCCUGUACUACCGUACCAUACAGGACGGUGGAACAAGAUUCAGUUGGUCAAAUGCACUGUGCCCAAACUAUGAUGUUAUGAUUGAGUGUUUUGGAUAUUUUUAGAUCGUAUACUCUUCAGGUAUUGUAGAUCAGCUGUAGUACCUGUUUGUUCCACGAGGUGGAGCCUCUUUUUGUUUAAUAGUAUUGUGACCACAGGAGGCGUCACUAAGAGUACUAGUGGUUCUGUGUUGGGAAGCAGAGAGCAUUGUUGGCAAUUUCGUAAGUAAAGACGCACCAUGACAAAGACUUCUGUGAGACUUCAUGUAAUCAUUUUUAUAUUACGUUAAGCUAGAAGAUGUGUGCGUCUGUCAGCAAGUAGAAAGCUUGAUGGGAGUUAAUCUAGUAAAGGAGCACCAUGACAAAGACUUAGGGUUUAUUGACAUUUGGUCAACGCACAAAUGUUAAAUCAAGCUUAAGUUCUUUUCACCUUUAAAGCCUGAUCCUUUAUUUACAUCUGAUGUCAUGCUAAUGGUUAAAUAUUCUGAAUAAAUGCUGCAUUAUCAGUCGAUAUUUAAUGAAUUUAUUACGACAAACUCUGGAACUUUGGUCCUUGAUUUUAAGCUACAGACAAACUCUGACAGAUGCUGCUGGGAUGCAGAAUCGGUAAACUAGCUUGAUUCAAUAUACAUUAAAAUGAGUCCUGGAUAAAUUUUAAGUCAUUUUGGACAUUUUUUACUCAUAUUGGACAAUUUUCAACUCAUUUUAGACAGAUUUUGUCAACUGGAGUCAUUUUGGAUAAAUUUGGAGUUUGAAUUUCAAACAAUCUUGAACAAGGUUUGAGUGAUUCUGAAGAAAUUUCAGGGUUUUUUGGACCAUCUUUCAGUCAUUUAAGAAGUCUGGAGUCACUUUGAACAACUUCUGCUAAUUGUAGAUGAGUUUGAGUCAUUUUGGAAAAAAAAUUAAGUAUUUUUAGACAGGUUUGAGUCAUGUUGGGAUAAAAUGAAUCCUCGAGACAUUUUAAGUGAUGUUUGAGGAGUUUGGAGUCAUUUUGAACAACUAUUACUCACUUUGGACCAUUUUUCUACUAAUUUUGGAUGAGUUUGAUACAUGGAUGUCAUUAAGUGUGGUGGCAGUCUUUGUCAUAGUGCCCCUUUACCAGCUAAAUAGUAAGAGACUCAAACUGGUACUACAGAUCAUGACAAUACAUAAAAUGUGUAUUAUUUAAGAAAGUGCUAUCAGCAGAUACUAGAUAUUAAAGAUUUGGAUUAGGGGCCAAACAGCUCGAUCAGGACGUCCCUAGAAAAGACAAACACAUUUCCAUCAGUAUGGGUGUAUUUUUUAAAGGUUUACCGCCUGAACAAUAAUUUAAAAUCCUGACACCGUAUUAUGAGAUUAAAAUCAUCCAGAAGUAAAUUAAAUUCAUUUUCAUGUGACCGACACAUUCAUGCAUCAAUAAUUACAAUCAGAUGAUAAAACGUCAGUCCCUUAUUUGGUGCUUUAGUAAAAAUCAGGAUCAAACGGCAGCAUUGUCAGCCAAUAAAGUCUCAAAAUUCAACUCGAUGAGCGACUUUUAAAGCCUCUGUGGGCAGGAAUCACGGAACUAGUCUGGUUUUCACAGGUUUUGAGCUCAGUUUAGCACUAGGAGGACCUUCUGCAGGAUUCUGUAGAUGUCCAACUAUCAUCUGCCUCCAGGUUCAUUCUGAAGCCUGAAGUGUUUGAAUCUUCUUUAAAAAAAACGAUGAUGUACCGCUGACCGGCUUUCAUUCAUCCCACCUACUUUAUUUUCUUUUCUCUUGUCGGUCGGUGACGUCUUUUUCCUAAUCGGCUCGUUUCUUUUGUACAGAUCAUAUUAGAAAGAAAACCUCCUGGAUUCAUUUCAUGGUUUUAAGAAAUAAAUUUAAUUUAUUGCCGUG